CACUUUGUUUAAAACUUACAAACCCUAAUUACUAACUCUCACUUUGGACUCCAGCGCGCCCUCCUUCUUCGCGUCGACCUCGUUCUCCAACCUGACCCGCCCCGAGCUCGUUCUCAGACCUGAGCGGCCUCGAGCUCGUUCUCCGACCACCACCAACAGAGAGUGAGAUGGGAGCGGAGAAAGCAGAGGCGUCGUUGGAUUCGUUGAUCGAUGGGUUCAACAGUCAGAUCUCAGAGCUCCAAGAGCUCGUUAUUGCUCGAAAUAGUAAGACCCGACCUGAUUACCCAAUCUUAAAUUUAUGAACUUUUGAUACGGCUCUUAUCAUCUCACAUAUUCUUCCAAUUAGUGCUCAAGCUCAGAUAUAUAGGUUAAUUUCAUUUCUGGUGGCUGGAGAAAACUGAAAAAGAAAUUAGGGAUCAUGUCUCGAUUUGUUUCAAGCUUUUCAGAAUGAGUCUACGGAUUAUAUAUGGUGGCAGGUAAAUGGGUCUAGACCUUGUUUAUAGCAUGAUUUUGAUGUUUUGGCAGGGAUUUGGGUAUUUGUUUCUGGUGGCUGCAGAAUAUUUGGUUCAGCGCGAUGGGCUACGGUAAUACCACUCAGUAGGCCACUCACCUCCAUGGCCUACUACCAAAUUUAUUCAGAUUACCUUAUUACCAUAAGUAUGCUAUUUAGAUCACUGGUAGAGUCAGUCUUUUACCUAUUUGAAGGCAAGCAUACGUGCUUUUAUUUUUCUGUUAGCUUUUGGUUUUGCCUUUUGGUUUUGCUUUUUUUUUUUUUUUUUGUCGUUGGUUUUGUUGCUUUCAAGUCCCAGUAGCUAUUGAUCAAUAAGGCAUACAAGUUUGACAAGGCAAAUGAAUUCCUGAAAGUUAUAUUUAGUACUGCACUCCUGAUAAAAAUUAAUUUACUGAACAAGCCAAAAAACAUGUGACUAUCUUUUUUCUUAAUUUUCUUUAGUUUAUAUGAAGUAUAAUUUUUGCAUCUUCAUUAUUAAGGGCAGUGUUUGGUCAUCGCUUCCCCCGAUCAAUAUUUCAUCAUCAGAGCAGUCCAAGCCCAUUAUACUUGCAGUAGCAUCAAUGGAUUCAGCAUCAUUUUUUCGUGAUAAAAACCUUGGUGCUGACUCCCCAAUAUCUGGACUGAUUUCAUUGCUGGCAGCAGUUGAUGCACUUUCGAAGGGGAAUAUUGUGGAUGACUUUAAUAAACAGGACAUCUUUAUGUAGAAGUACUUCUUUUUGCAGUCAUUGUUUUUCUAUUCUCCCAGAAAAGUUACAAGCCCCCUAAGAAGCCUUUAACAGAGAAGUGUAUUGGUACAUGUAGGAAAUAGAUGAUCUAUGUGAGGAAUGGGUUCCUGAACCUCUCAUUCCUCCUAUCACAGAAGAUAUGCAGUAUGAACCCCCAGUGUUGGAAAGGGCCACAUACAAUAGUCAAUGGCAAAGAAUCGACGCCAUUACUGACUUCACCCCCAAGUGAGGGUAGCUUGACUGACAUUUUAGUGAGGAAACCUUCGUCUUCUUCAGCUCCCAGUAUUGUGGAUCCGAAAGUGUUACUGGAACUCUUCUCGAUGUACCGUGAGUGGCAGGAGGAGAAUGUCAAAAAGCUGAGCCAAAAACAGGAAGAGAUAGAGAACAAGAUAGAAAUUGCGGACACGUUGUCUGUUAAACUUAAGCAACGUUUUAAUUAUUCAGUGACAGCAAUGAAGACAUCCUCGCAACAUUUAUGUGGAGUUCAUGCACUGCAGGUAGAGAUUGGGGAACUUAAAGGAAGGUUGACGGAGGUUAUUAGCAACUGUGAUGCAGUGUGCAAGAGAAUAUCCGCAGAAGGACCAGAGUCUCUUCGGUCAUCUGUCAAGCCAUUAGUUGUCUGCACCGCACACCAAGAACACCAAUCUUGAUUGAGUAUUGUGCUGUGAUGUGCAGGAUUGUCAGGUGUAAUGGGGGUUGCUUGUAUUCAAGAAGUUGGGAAAGCCAGCCUCUUUUUUGAGUUAGGCUAGCUUUUAAUUUACAUUUUUGUAGCAAUUAUGAACAAACAUGAAUACUAAUUGCUAGGCUAGCCUUGUAGUAGGUGAAUUGGGGUUUUAUUUUGCCCAUUUUGUAAACUAUUAAGGAUGAUGAUUUCAGAUAUAAUAGCUCAAUAUUCAAAUCACUCUUGUCAACUA